UUGCUUGUGAAAUGCAAGGCUGUGGUUGCUGUCACUGUGGUUACUCAGAGCUCUGAGGUCUUGCUCUUUUUGCAUAAAGUAGCAAAUUGUCAAAGCACAAAAGCUACCUUGGACUGUCAUAAAACUGGGGCUUAAACAUCCUUGUGAGGCCACCUCAUUGCCUUGCUUUCUAGUUUUGGAAGUCCUAAUUAUUUCUCAAGUUCAUAAGUUGGAUGCACUUUUGCUUUAAGCUAUUGAGUUGAUAUGUAGGAACAACGGAAGAGGGUGCUCAUAUGGAUCUGCAUUAUUGAUUGAAGCACUCUCCCUCACUGUACUUCAGUGAAGUGCAGCCAAGAACAACAAGAUAAGAAUUAAUAAAAGUGACAAGGGAGUUUCUCAGUCUGUGCUGGUGCACAUUAGCCUGGAUGAAGAGAAAAAGAAGCUGAUACUUGAGUCUUUUGAGUCGUGAAGGGUCUGGUCAGUCCUUGAAGGGGAAGUACAUGAAUGGCCCGGUUGUCAUCGCAUUUUAUUUUUCCUCCAGCUUUGACUAAUGGUGCAUUUCCUCUGGCCUCCCACAGGCUGUCCAUGGCUGACUUGCUUUGUCACUCUUCACAUCUAGUCCACUGCCUUUACUGUCCACCCUGUUCCCAUGGCAGGGACCCAGUGUCCUCUAAAAAAACGCACAGGCACAAAACAUCUGUCAUUCUCCCCACUUUCAAGCGACCACUUCCCAUAUUGUGUGGCCUUGCAGGCUGAAAGCAGUCUGCCUCCCCUCUGCGUGCCUGGAGUACAUGCUUUACUCUCUGCUUGAUAAGGGAGCUCCAGCAUUCUGCCUGUAAAAAUAGUAAUGGGCAUCUCCCUGUUGAUAAACAGCUCUGCCUUUAUUGUGUUCAUGGGGUGAUAAGUUGUCUGGAUCAACAACCAGUUGUCCAUUUUACUUCUUUUCAGCCAAAGUUAUUAGGGUCAAAUUAGGUGUGAGCUGUGAAAUUAAUCAUUAUGAGCACAAGCAACAUAGUGUGCUGUGGACAAAGGAAAGAAAAUAGUUUAGAAGUGGAAAAUAUUGUAGGGCAUGAAGAACUGAAGCAGUCAGGAAGGGGAGGAGAAGAACAGCUGGCAGUGCUGUCCAGGGUUGUUUAUCUAAACCUAUGGGCUGUGCUGGAUUUGUUCUCUUGCACCUGUGGACCAUGAAAUCACAAAACAAGGUAGUUCUUUAAUUCCACCUACUUUGCCCAGAUACAACAAAGAGAGUCUCAAUUAAUCCACAUGCAAUGCCUCAUAAGGAGAGGAGUGUACCUGCCUUCUGCUUGCUUAAAGGCACUAUUAGUGGUGCAUUGAUUAUAGUAUUCCUUGCGCAUCUCCAGUGUGGCCCCACCAGAAGCAUUUCAUGGGACUUGUAAUAAUUAUUCACUUCAGAAGGAUCUGCAGCUAUUGCUUCUGAUGCAGACUGAGAUGUGCCCAACCUGCAUCUGACAAGUGGGCUCUGAAUUACAUGGAUCUAGUUCUCGUUGGAAAUGAAGUCCGGCAAAUCUAAAUUAUUAGGUGGAAUUUCUAAGAUGAGACUUCAGCCCACCCUUCUGAGGCAGCACUUGGCAAUUUACGUACAACCUCUACCUAGGAACUGUGUCUUAUGAAUCAUGCUUUUUCCUUAACAAUUGCCUCUCCCUGUAGAGCAGGAAUCAUGGUACUGACUGGCAACAAGAGAUUAUGUGGAAACACGUUACAUUUCUUUGUUGAAUUCCAAGCUUGGAAGAAGGAGUAUGCAGUUCAAAGGUCAAAUGUAUGAAAGCAAAGCCUGCUUGAUAUAUCAAGAGCUCUUUGUAAAUUUGAUUCUAACUUGAGAAGCUAGAGAGCUGUGAAGGGGCGAAGGGCAGAGGAGAUAGCACAGUACCCACUGAAACACUUCCAUUUUGUUUUCUGAGCUACUGCCACAAGGAAAGACUGCCUUCUGUGCUGACAGAUCUGCCCUUCUGUUAUCAGACGCUGCUCUUUUGCUAUCUCAGUUUCAUAACAAUUACCUUUGCCUGAGAGUUAGUGGAUCAGCCACAUUGGGCAAAGCAGUCCUUGGAGAAAGAGAAUGAUGGAUGACAGAGCGAUUCCCUUCAACAUGACUGGGGCACUGAGGCUCCUGCUCAGCUCUGGAUGUGCUAGAGAACCCCCACUGCUCCUUUUCACUGUAACUUCAGCUGCUGCAUCAGAGCUAAGAAAACUGUUCAAAGAAAAGCAUUCCAAGGAGCCAUCUGAGAAGGUUCUUCAGCAGUGCUGAUGGGUGUUGCUUUAAAUGGCCCUGAGACCUCCUGGCCCUUUAUCCAAGCUGCCCGGACCCAGCCUGCGUGUAAAUAUGUCAGAGCACCAAUGAGACGGAACAUGGACACAGAAACGCCGGCGGCUGCUCCAGAUAAAACGCUGAGCUGAAGCCGGGGCGUUUAUUGUAAAUAAAGAUCAAGGCAAAGCAGCAACGUUUGUGUUCGGCUUCAGCCUGCCAAGUAGAGGGCACUGGAUCCUGUAAACAGGAAUUGGUGCAGUGCAGCUCAAAGGGCCUAACAGCUUUAGCAGAUGGACUGAUUUUUUUAACUCUGGAUAUUGGUGAUGUGGAAGAGAAGUCUGGCUCUGUCUGCUGAACACCCACUGACAGAGACAUCCAGUGGUUAAUGGGGUAUAUGGACAGGAGGCUUCAGCUUAAUCCCCUGGAACCAUGACAGUUUGAGGUGUUGCCUGGCUCAGCUCUCGGAUGGGAAAGGAAAGAAUAACUUGAUCAUCUCUCCAGUCAUUUCCUGAUAUUUGCUGUUAGAGAACAGAUGUGAUUUCCUCCAGAAGGGUCUGCUGAGUGCUCUCAUGCAUCUGAUCUACUAUGCAAGGCAGCCUUGAGAAGAUACGGUCUGGUUGUGUACGUUGGUAAUCAGAAGAUUUGCCGUAGGAAUCCAGAAACGCUGCCUACAAGAGAACUGACUGUUGGCCUGGAAAGAAAACACCAGAGGAACCCUGGAAUUCUGAGAUGUAAUUGACUUUCUAAGUACAGGCUGCCUUGCCCUCCACGGUAUCUGUCGUUUUGCUCUCCCAGUUGCUUGGAUGGCUCAGCCACCUCCAGACCCACACUUUGUGCUCAGAGGUGCCGGUGCUGCUGUCCAUGCGCUGCACUUUUCCUGCGGAGGUGAAGAACCUGACAUCCCCAUUCUCUUCUCUGGGUCUGAGAAUGGGUUUAUCCAUGUCUGGAACCUGAAAACUCACCGAGUGGACGCGGCCCUGGAUGGCCAUGGAAGAAAAUCUGUCUACUGGUUGAAAACAAUGGAUGGUAGAGACAGGCUCCUGAGUCAAGGUCGUGACCAGAGGAUCUGCCUGUGGGAUUUAGCAGAGGGACGGACCUCAGUGACAGAUUCUGUCUACACGGAGAACGUGGGAUUCUGCAGAUGCUCCCUGCUAAAGGCGGCACAGGGACGCUGGCUGAUGGCCAUGGCAGCCAAGGCCCUGGAGGAGGUUCAGGUUCUGGAGCUGCCGUCCAAGACGUCAGUCUGUACCUUGAAGCCAGAGGUGGGUGCCAGGCUGGGCAUGCCCAUGUGUCUGAAGUUAUGGCAGGGCAGCUGUGGUUCACAGCCAUCGCUUCUGGCUGGCUAUGAAGAUGGAUCAGUGCUCCUUUGGAAUUUGUCAACGGGAAAAGUGCUGAGCCAAAUUAUUUGCCACCAGGAGCCGGUGAUGAGCCUUGACUUUGACUCAGAGAAGGCCAAAGGGAUCUCGGGCUCAUCUGAAAAGGUGCUUAGCAUCUGGAGCCUCAACGAGCAACAGAACCUGCAGGUCCAGAAGACGCACAGACUUGUCAAUGCUGGCAUAUCUGAUAUCACCAUCCGUCCUGACAAGAAGAUUUUAGCAACGGCAGGAUGGGAUCAUCGCAUCAGGAUCUUUGGCUGGAAAAAAAUGAAGCCCUUAGCAGUGCUUGACUACCACACAGCGACUGUCCAUUCUGUGUCCUUCUCAGACCACAAAAGCCCCAGUGACAGACUGCUGGCAGCUGGUGCAAAAGAUCACCGCAUCAGUGUCUGGUCGAUAUAUACUCAGACGUGACACGUCCUGCACUGUCACACGCUGGGAAAGCAGGAUCGAUGAAGCAAUUCCUCGCACUGUAAUUCAAACCUGGCUCUGGUGAAGCAGUAGAAUGCUUUUUCCAGGCAGAGGUGAGUCCCUGGAAAUUGCUAGAUUAAAUUUUUUAUGCUGCUUGUUCAUGUGGGAAGUUCUGUCUCCCAGGGAGGGGAGCUGACUUCUAGAAUUUAUAACAAGCGGAGCAAGGCCGGUCAUGAACAAAGACAGGACACUUGGAGUUCUGCUGCAGGUUUUGCAACAGCUUUCCUUUGGCACAUUGCUAAAGGAACUUGGGCCAACUUCAGGAAAAAGAACUGGAAUCUCUCAGACUUCUGUGGGGGCAGAACGUCUCUGUUCGUAAGUCACUUGUGUAUCUAAGAAUCUGUAUCGGUGUAAAAUAUCACUCUUGUGUGAGAACUUAUACCCAUUAAACCACCUCCAGUGGUUUUUCAUUGUCAGUUACUUUUUCUUCCCCAUAAGUGAAAGGCUAUCAGAGCAGCCUUGAUUUGUUCGCACUUCUGUCAGUUUCUAACUUAAACCAACAGCCAGGAAUGUGACGAGGGACGGCCUUUGGCAUUUAUGAAUUUCAUUAUGUCUCCUGUCACCUCAAGUCUCACAAUUAAUCACAAGAAGAAAAGGGGAAAAAUAACCUUCCCCUGCACUGCACUGCAAAGCUAUGUAAAGCCUUUUACAGAGCCAGUGCUAAAUCCUUUCCAUGGACUGACUAGCUGAAGGAUUUAAACUCAGCAAUCCAAUUAGCGCCUUCUCCUUGGAGAGUUAGGGUAAGUUUCAGCAUGGAGUCUGGGAUUCAGCUACACAACUCACAUUAACAUGUAGGGGAAUUUCAUGGAUAAAUCCUUAUCCACACGGUGCAAAUGGAUCCAUUAACUCCUCAUCUCUAUGGUCACAGAAGCUGAAAUUCCUUCAAGAGGGAGGGCUUUAUGUGAGAGGUGGAGGUCUAUGGCCUGGAACUGCUGUCAGGCUGGUGGCUGGGCACUGUCCUGGAAGGUGACAAGACAGCUCUGCAUCUUCUCAUGCACAGAGUCCUGUGUCAAAAAAGCAGCACUGUACACCCACCUCUUCAUGCCCUCUGCUGCCCGAGGCAGAGCUGCUGCAGUCAUUUUGCAUGGUGCUUGAUCAAGACCAGAGUGCUGCCUUGGCAUGCCUGGCACAACAGGCACUGGACUGCUCCAUGCUGGAACUCAGCAUGGGUGUUCAAGAGGCAUUUGGAUCAAAUGCCCCCAGUGUACACUUCAAAUGGUUGCUGCAGGAAAGGAGAAUGGAUAGACCUGCUCCCUAGAGAGAAGAAAACAACUCUAUCCUAUCAUCAUUUUGACAAGAAAAAGGUAGUUCUGCCACCAGAGCACUUGAGGCAGCAGGAAACCAUUUUCCAGACAAGCAGGUGUUAAGAUGCAAACCUCUCCAUCAUUCCAGGGCACCUCCAUAUGCUAAACACCCCCCCUCCUAAUGCCAGCUAUGAGCACCUCUUGCAACAGCGUGAGGCCCCAUAGCACUGAUACAAUCCAGCUUCUGCUGGCACAGCCACCCCCAAGCUGCAGCCGGCCUUGUGUGUCCAGGUCUCAAUGCAGUGUGCAGAGUGGGAAUGUAAUGAAGCCACAAGCACAGCAGUCAAUAACUUGAUGAGUAACUUCCAGCAAGGACAGUUCUGUGUUUAUACAGACUGUAAAAUGCAGUUUUCUAGAUGCUAUCAGAUAAGUACAGUGUUUUCAGAGGGGAGGGGGGAAACAUUGCUAAAGCUCCUUACAGCUGUAACACGAGCAUGGUUAUCUGUUGACAUUUCAGCUGACUUGCAAGCAGGAGGGUUGUGAGUAAAGAGCCACCUUAAGCUGCUGGAAUCAGCUCUGGAAUAUCACAGUCCAGAAAGGAAUAGGGCCAGCCUGUACCUGGCCUGAAGGAUUCAGAAGAGAAGGUGAUGACAGCUAAAUUAUUACCAAAGGCUUCCUCCUGAGAAUCACUGUCUUUGCACUACGAGAGGGAAGAAAGCAACCAGCAUUCAUAAACUAACAGAAAUAAAUCCCAAACACUAACAUUUGUUCAGCAAUUACAUGGAAUAUUUAUCACCACUGGAAUGAAUGGUGAUCUCUGACCCCCCCAAUAUUUUCUGCAAAUGAAUCCAUGAGUUCCAGCCCCUUUCUCUUACCGGUACACGGGACAUAAAGCAUUGCUGCUCUUAGGUGUAGAUGAGAAAGGGAAGAGAAGAUUGACUGUAUUUCUAAUAACGAGUGAAAAAGGAAGUAGGCUGAGAGCCUGCAACAAGACUGUUGUUAAAGGCAGCUCUGUACAAUGUGUGUGUGAGUAAACCAUGGAAUUACUCCAUGCAGCUUGACUUGGACUGUAUUUUAAGGAGCAGAUUUUUAUAGUUAAGACAAUAUUGGUUUCUGAACUGCUUUAGUUUUUAGCUUAUUUAAGAUGCACCUACAAAGCCAACUUCUUAAAAAUUAAUAAAUCUUUCCUUUAAUUCGGUCUGCCAAGAAUGACAAUUGAAUGCUGACUGCUGCAGGAGACACCGUGCUGAUGCAAACCAAAGGACUAGGGAUUAAACAAGGAUUAGUGAGCACUAAAUCAAUGUGUUUCUGGCUGUGUGUCUGUGGUGUGAAAGUGUGGAUGAUUACAUAAAACGUGGCCUGUGGAUUAACACUAGACCAUGUUAAAGCAGUGCUGAGACAGAAGGUUUGAUAUUUAAGCAUAACCAUUCUGUGUGUGCUACCAAAAAGAAUGAUGGCACGAAUACGGAAGAACAAGUGGCUUUUUCUUUGUAGUAGUCUGAAAUUCCAGCCAGGAUCCCCACAGUAAUUUUACAAGUAGGGCUGGCUCCGUUUAAUCCAUGCACUGGAGGUUUAUUUUAUAACAUGAGGAAAACUAACAAGAAUUAAGAUCGCAGUGAUUUUUGGCAGUUCAUUUGAGGAACUCACGGUAUGAAAUUAAACACAACAAAAACGUACAGCCUGGUCAGAUACAGCAGACAGAAACGUAACAUUUUCAAGACCUGAAGCAGACUCGUUAUAAGAGUUGCCAACAAUACCACAUUAAGCACAGAGCAAGUAGCCAAAUUCUUUGUCCCCUGACCACACCACACACCCCAUCCCUUCGGUCAAGCCACUGCAAGCCUGACUCUGCCUUGGUUAGGCACCAACUGUGGUCAUGUCAUGUCUGACUUUAUUACCAGCACCCCUUACCAAACAGGUGGCACCAGCUUCAUUUGGGUGGAGCCAUCUUCUCCUCGGUUCAUUUUUGAAGGACGUCAGCUUCAUUUACGCAGCCUAUUAAGAUUUCUUUUUCCCAGUUCAGUCUCAUCACACCCCUGCGACAUUUUGUGCUCAUGUCUGAAGCAGCAGAUUUCCAGUUUCAGCUAUCAGUGGUUUAUUUGCCUUCAGUACAAUCCAUCACAAAAACAUUGACACCUUAAUGUAACAUUAUCAGACCACAUCGUAGGGACCAUGGCAACAGAAUUUCUCAGUUUUUAAUAUUUUGCUCAUCUCAUUAAUUAAUAUAUCUGUAUGUUCUAUCAACAUUGCUGUGUUCUGCCUUAUUCUGACUUACCAUAAAGGAAUUUGAUUUGCAGUUCACUAUUGUAAGAGGAAGAGAAAGAGGGAGAGGACACAAAACUGAGAUGGAAGCAGCAGCCUGCAGGCCCACUACAACAACACGGGGCUGUUACCACAGCACUACAGACCCAAACCCCGUCCUUCAGGGAGCAGCACCCACUCAGCACUGCUCCAACAGGAAUUACCGGGUCCCCAAAGUAGAACUCUGACUAGGUGGGACAGGGGGGCACUUGCUUUCUCACUGAGAUCAACUACAUGGAACACCCAUCGUCCCAUGGAGUUGAUAGCAGCUCUCCUUUAUCAGCUACAGAAGCACAAGGUGAGCUUAAGCUGCAAGUUGGUAUUCAAGCUUUUGUGAUUUUACACCGCAGAGCCUUAUGAAUGCAUACGUUCUCUUUACCAUUACAGUAUAUCCUUACAGAAUUAGGUCCCAAAUGUGACUUCUGUGGCUUUUGUUCCUUAUCGCUUUGUUACCAGCUCUGGAUGUUAACCUGAAUAAAAGUGAUUUAU